CUGCUAAUAAUCAAUUUAUCAAUUUUAGCCAAAAAAAAAAAAAAGAAAAAAAGAGAAGAAAUAAGAAUUAUACUCGUAAUAAUCAAUCAGCCUUAUUGGAGUGUAGAACGAGGGGAAAUGGGCGCACUAGGAACACACUUCUUGUUCCAACAUGGCAAUCUCCACGUUCACCGUUAACAAAAUCCUGCCAUUUCAAUCCCAGAUUCUUUUGACACUAGUUUAGGAAUCAUCGAAAAAAAAAAAAAUAAAGAAACAAGGUUGAGGAUUCUUCCCGCCUUUGCAACAUUCUUGGGUUCACUAUCCGUUCAAUCAUAAUUGGCUGCCAUUGAUUGUUAUGGGUUUUUCCCUGAUAACAAAUCAUUCUAUUGACAGCUGAAGAAAGAAUUACUCUGUUACUGCCGCCGGUGAAGUAAAAAGUUGACAUCUUUAUCCAAGGUUUAACCAUUUUUCCGAAUUGUCUUGAAUCUUCUGAUUGGAAAAGGCUAACAGUAGUGGGGCAUAUUGAAAGAGAGAUGACUUUAUUGACAUAUGGAAGAACCCCUUAUUCCAAGUCGCCUGUAAAGCGACCGGUUCAAGAUGAGGAUAACAGGCAUGGAAGUUCAACAAUUCCGGAACAGAAGCGUUCUAGGGUUGUUGAUUCAGCCCCACAUUUUCCAAAAGUUUGUGAGCCCAUUGAUGUUGCCACCGUCACUCCUUUGAGGGUUGUUCUACCAGAUGAACACCAGGCUGAUGUAUUAGAAGACAGGAAGGAGGAGAUGUUGUAUGAAACCAUGAAGAUUGCAAAUGCGGAUGAUACUAAUUGGAACACUCUUCAAAACAAUCCACCCAGGGAAUUAAUGCUUGGCAAGGGAAAAUCAACGGGUGAUGAUGCGAAUGGUGCUGAUGAAGAUGAUUGUGUAAUUGUUGGAGUGAAGUCGAUUGAUAUCUGCAACGGAAAAUCACUUGACAAUGACGACCGCAGCAGCAAUCAAUGUGCUUUUGAUCCCGUUGUUCCUGAGACUUCGUGCCUGUGUGAUCAAGGAGAAGCAUCUAAGGACAUUGGUUUGAUGUCUAGUUUGGAGUGGGAAAAUCUCAAGCAGAAGCAAAGCGAGAAAGGAGCUGAUCUUUCUGGGGCUGCACAAAGAAAUUUGGGGGAAAUGAGAAUGCAAGAGACAGGAGUCCAGGAACUGAAAACUUUUACUUCAUAUGAUGCAGCUGUCCAAAGUUUUAGUCGUAAGAAGGUGGCGGAGGUUCUAAAGCUCUACCAAGAUAACAUGCAGUCACUUAAUGACAGAGAUGGAGCUCAAAGAUCACAAGUGCCUACCAAAGCAGUAAUGAUGCUGAAGAAAGAGAACAAAUGGUUAAACGUUCAACCCUCUUUUGGUCACAUUCCUGGUGUCCAAAUUGGCGAUCAGUUCCAGUUCAGGGCUGAACUUGUACUGGUAGGCCUGCAUCAUGAGUUUAUUCGUGGCAUUAAUUGCACUUGUAUAGAUGGGACAAUCUAUGCUGUUAGCGUCGUGGAUUCAGGCCGCUAUGAGAAUGAGACCAAAUCUUCUAAUGUUCUUGUUUACUCAGGAGAAGGUGGUAAUUCCAAAGUUCAAACUAAGCAACAACAAGGAGGUCAAAAACUAGAAGGUGGCAAUCUUGGCUUAAAGAAUACUAUGGAUGCAAAAUUUCCAGUGCGUGUUAUUCGUAAGAUUCAGCGAAAAUCUGAAAAGCAGUUCUACAUGUAUGAUGGCCUCUAUUACGUGAAUGCAUAUUGGCCAGAAAUAUCUGAAGCUGGUGGUAGGGCCUAUAAGUUUGAAAUGAUUCGAAUGUCGGAUCAAAGCAAGCCAAUAAAAUCCUUUGAAGAUUCGAAAAGCUUCAGGGUUUUGAUAGCUGAGGAUCUGUCCAAAGGGAAGGAGAAAGUUGAAAUCAUGGUUGUCAAUGAUAUAAGUGAUGAGAAACCAACACCAUUCACUUACAUUACUGAGAUGAUCAAUAUUUUUCCACAUGAGCCCUCUGUUUUGAGUGGUUGUGAUUGCACUGAUGGAUGCUCAGAUUCCCGUCAAUGUCCUUGUGUAAUAAAGAAUAAUGGGGAGGUUCCAUUUAAUGAAUAUGGUCGUCUACUUGAAACCAAGGACAUGAUAUAUGAAUGUGGUCCGAAUUGUAAAUGCCCUCCCUCUUGCCAUAAUAGAGUCAGUCAACAUGGUCUUAAGAUACCGUUGGAGGUAUUCAAGACUAAAUCAACCGGAUGGGGUGUUAGAUCACGACGAGAGAUCAAAAGUGGCAGCUUCAUUUGUGAAUACCUUGGAGAACUAGUUAAGGAUCAUGAAGCUGAUUGUUGUGCAAAUGAUGAAUAUUUGUUUGAUCUAGGUGAUGGUAACGUGUUCGCCAUUGAUGCAGCAAAAUGUGGGAAUGUGAGUAGGUUUAUCAACCAUAGCUGCUCACCUAAUCUUUAUGCACAAGAUGUACUUUACGAUCAUCUUGAUGAAAGAUUGCCACAUGUUAUGCUUUUUGCUACUGAGGACAUACCUGCACUAGUUGAACUAACGUAUGAUUAUAACUACGAGAUCGGUAGUGUUUGUUAUCCCGAUGGUAGCAUCAAGGAGAAGAAGUGUUUCUGUGGUUCUCCCUCUUGCACUGGGAGAUUGUAUUGAGGAUUUAAGUUCUGUGUACCUAGACAGUUUGAUUCUCAUGUUCAUUUUUUUCUUUUUUUUUGUGAGUACAUCAUACUUAAUAGACAAUUUUUUAUUUUAUUUUAUUUUAUCAUUACUUUUUUGUUUAGAGUAGCAGUGGACUGGGGUAGGAAACAGA